UCUCUCCGUUCUGCUCGUUUCUCUCCAGCAGGCUGCGUGGCUCUUUGAGGACAAACCGAGCUACUAACUUUCUUGUUGUUGUUUUUUUUACAUUGUUCCUGCGCCUUUAAAACUCAAAAGGAAAACAAAUGGCUCAACCGUUUCCUUACAGUUCAGGACGCGAUACAGUUUUGAACUCGGAAGGCGGAUUUGUCUAAAUUGUGCCACAACUUCAUCCGAAUCAACGACGGGAUCGAGUUGUAGCCGAGAUAAAGGGAUCCGGAUCAGCUUUGCAGCUUUACAAAGGUCCAAGUCAAGAUGUCGGUCAGUAACCACGAAAACAGAAAGUCUCGCUCUAGUUCCGGCUCCAUGAAUAUCCAGCUCUUCCACAAGACUUCCCACGCCGACAGCCUGUUGACUCAGCUCAACCUGCUGCGUAAACGAAAGGUCUUCACAGAUGUUAUCCUGAAGGCCGGAAACAGAUCCUUCCCCUGCCACCGGGCCGUCCUGGCUUCCUGUAGCCGAUACUUUGAGGCCAUGUUCAGUGGCGGGCUCAGGGAGAGCCGCGACGCCGAAGUCAACUUCCACGACUCUCUCCAUCCAGAGGUUCUGGAGCUCUUGCUCGACUACGCCUACUCUGCUCGGGUCAUCAUCAACGAGGAAAAUGCAGAGUCGCUCCUGGAAGCCGGUGACAUGCUUCAGUUUCACGACAUCAGGGACGCAGCGGCAGAGUUUCUAGAAAAGAACCUCCACCAGUCGAACUGUCUGGGGAUGAUGCUGCUGUCAGACGCCCAUCAGUGUCAGAGACUGUACGAGCUGUCGUGGAGGAUGUGCCUGGCAGACUUUGCUACUCUUUUCAAGACAGAGGACUUCCUUAACCUGCCCAGAGACAAAGUCCAGGAGCUGAUCCUCAGUGAGGAACUGGAGGUGGAGGAUGAGAGCCUGGUGUACGAGGCUGUUAUCGACUGGGUCAAGGCCGACAUGGAGCACAGGCACAGCGAGCUGCCUGAGCUGCUGCGUUGUGUCCGACUGGCGCUGCUCCCUGAAACAUACCUGCUGAAGAACGUUGCUUCGGAGGAGCUGGUGAUGUGCCACAAAGUGGGACGGGAGAUUGUUGAAGAUGCUGUAAGGUGCAAAAUGAGGAUCCUCCAAAAUGACGGUAUUGUAACGGGGUUCUGCGCCCGGCCAAGGAAGGUCAGCCAGGCCCUGCUGCUGCUGGGAGGACAGACUUUCAUGUGUGAUAAAGUGUACGUGAUCGACAACAAGACUAAGGAGAUAACCCCCAAAACAGACAUCCCCAGCCCCAGGAAAGAAUGCAGCGCCUGUGCUAUUGGUUGCAAAGUUUAUGUUACUGGAGGGCGUGGCUCUGAAAACGGGGCCUCCAAAGACGUCUGGGUCUACGACACAUUACACGACGAGUGGUCCAAGGCUGCACCUAUGUUGGUAGCCAGGUUCGGACAUGGGUCUGCGGAGCUCGACCACAUGCUCUUUGUUGUGGGAGGACACACUUCUCUCGCGGGGUCCUUCCCUGCAUCUCCAUCUGUGUCUCUCAAACAGGUGGAACAGUACGACCCUCAGACCAACAAGUGGACCCUGGUGGCUCCGCUCAGAGAAGGGGUGAGCAACGCUGCUGUCGUCGGUGCCAAAAACAAACUGUUUGCCUUUGGGGGCACCAGUGUAAACAGAGACAAAUACCCCAAGGUGCAGUGCUUUGACCCAUGCCAGAAUCGGUGGUCUGUGCCGGCCGCUUGUCCGCAGCUGUGGCGCUACACUGCAGCGGCUGUAGUUGGCAACCAUGUUGUGGUGAUCGGAGGCGAUACUGAGUUCUCAGCCAGCUCUGCUUACCGGUUCAACAGCGAGACGUAUCAGUGGUCAAAGUUUGGUGACGUGACAGCCAAACGGAUCAGCUGUCAUGCAGUGGCGUCAGGAAACAGACUAUAUGUGGUUGGGGGGUACUUCGGGGCUCAGAGGUGUAAGACACUAGACUGUUACGAUCCGUCGUCGGACUCUUGGGACAGUGUGACCAGUGUGCCCUACUCACUCAUUCCCACUGCCUUCGUCAGCACAUGGAAGUACCUCUCAGCGUAGAGAGAGACUCUUUGAGGUUUCAACGGUGAGUAAUUGUAGCUUCCUUAAACUGACACAAACAAACAAGAUGCCAAUUACAUGUGCUAUUCAUAGUCUCCCCUGUAUUGUCAGAUAAUAUAUGGAUUCAUGUAAGUAAAAGUAUCUUCAGAUAAAACAAAAUUGUUACAUAACAGACCCAGGUGAAUGUCAGUUUGAACCGGACAAGGCCAGUUUUGAAACCCCUAGCUGUUUUCAGGGUUGCUAGUGGUUACAGUUACACAUUAUCUAGCUGCUGCGACGGCUGGGUGUUGGAUAAACAUGGUGAAGUCCUGGUUUGGAGAGCAGGAGGAAUGUCAGCGGUGCUGGUGAUUACAGAGCAAGAGCUAAAACACAAGACCUCUGUCACUGACAGGAGUGAGGUGGAGAGGCAGGGAUCAGGUCUGUGCUUGUAGGGCCGGCAAGGCAAGCAGGCAGGGUGCUCUGUGUGGACAGCCCCGGGUGCUAACUGACUGCCUAACAUAGGUCAGUACCUCAGAACAGUCGUAAGUUAUAAAAGGUGGUGUGACUCUUUAGAUAAGACAAAACAUACCCUUUAUUAGUUUAUUGCGAAACACCAAGAUCUCAACCUUUUCAUAUGAUUAAAAACAACAACAUUUUCCCAGAAGUCCACUAUACACUUCAAUCAAUAUAAGCCCAUCAGUUAAUUUCAGAACAAAAAUAAUUCAUUAUCCAUAUAGCACUUUAGUGCUUUGGAGGAUAAAAAGAUAAUUAAAACCCAUUCCAUAUGUGCUGACAGAAGCCAGGAUACAUUAUUCUGGUCAAAGUGAAAAAGAUCAGAUCAGUAAUCUUAUAAGGAAUUCAUGAGGGGAGGGGGGAUCCAUCUCAAGGUUAUGAAUAUAUGACUGAUUGAAAUGUAACAAACCAUAUUAGUGAAUAAUCACUCAGCCUAAACUGCCUGAAGGAACGACAGGUGGCAGUUUUCACAGCUUCGUGUAGAUGGGUGGUGAUAAAUCUUUCCUGAGGUGUUUUUCAGUUUUUCGCACAGGGUGAGGAAGGAGGGAUGGAGGGACCAGUAGAUGAAACAAGAAGAGAAAAUACAAUGGUGGUGGUGAUGGUAGAGCUAGUUUUACAUUUCAUGACAUGAGACCUGUCCUGUGGUCUUAUUUUAGCACUGAUGCAAUUGAUGGGAAAACAGUUCAUUGCUGCAGGACGCAUUGGAUUUUAAUUUUAAAAAGCUCUGCUGCAUCUUUUUAUUGUUGGAUCUGUCUUUAUUGGAGACAUUUUAAAAUUAAAAACAAGGCAGCGUUUUAUUACACGGACAACAUUCACUGAGCUUUCACAAAGCAUGUCUGUCCUAAAUGUAUUAUUUUGGCCUAUUUGUUCCAUAGUAUAAUGCAGACCACUUGCCUUUAAACUCCAGUCUUUCAUCAAUGCAUACAAAUUCCCACAUUUGCAGUUAAUCGACUUCUUGGUGAGAGUUAGGUGAGAAGGUUGAUACCAACCUCACAUCUCUCUUUUCAAUAUAAGGCUACAGCCAGUUAUCUUAGCUUAGCACAAAGGACUGGACAUGGAGGGGGGGGACAGCUAUCCUGGCUCAAUCCAAGGAAACAUAACCAGCAGGCUAGUUGUUUUGAAAGGAAUACAGCGGAUAAAUGUGAACUAUAUUCAUAUGUACUAAUAUGAAAUAUCUGGCUGGU